CUGGAUCUUGUUGUGCUUGAUUCUCAGUGGCCACAAGGUUUUUCUCCAGAAAUAGACAUGAAGCAUCUACCUCUCAUCUACGAUACUAGGAAGCUUGCUCGAACGAUGCGAUAUGCAGGCUUCACUGAGGUUGAGGCAAUUCCCUGGGCGCGAGUUCCCAUUGUCAAGUUCACAGAUCCUGCAUCCGAACUCCAUAUCGACAUUAAUGUGAACGAGAGGCUGGGGUUGCUGAACACUGACCUGAUCAAGACAUAUUGCGAUGUCGUACCCGGCCUUCGCUGUUUAGUAUCUGCCAUCAAAAAAUGGGCUCGUCCCAGGGCACUCAAUCAGCCCUCUGCUCCUGAAGGACUCCGAACUUUCAACUCAUAUGCCUUGGUGCUUAUGACAAUUGCGUGGCUCCAGACAAUGGGUUUAGCUCCCAAGCUACAAGCUGACCUCCAGCCACAAGAACCCAACGAGCGUUUAAUUUGGAUGCGGCCACCAAAGUCGUCUAAGCGGAUACCUUGCGAUGUACGGUAUUGCAAGGCCACGAUGUGGGUAGCACCACCCAUAGGCGCUCUGGACAACCUCGUAGAGCAAUGGUUCAGGUUUUGGGCUCACUUUCAAUUUUCGAGUCAUGUGAUCGACAUCAAGAGGGGAGGCGUUUUCCCCCGCAUUCCGCAUUUUGAAGAAGCUGCGGAACCUGACAGCGUCUCCCGGGGCCCUCGAUCUGAAACACGGAAUAAUUGGUCAGCCAUUCUCGGUCCGGAUGUGGAUUCCACGACAAUGUUAGAGCGUUAUUCAAUUGCUGUCGUAGACCCAUUCAUUCGAUCAAAAAAUGUCACCAAGGGCAUCAGCGCCGAAGCGUUACACAAGUUUCGCGCUGAGUGCAAGAGCGCCGUCGAGCUAUUAAAGAUUGGCGUCCAUAUGACGGACAUCAUUGAUGGAUUUGACUUGCUGAAGCAGGAUGCACUCAAAACGUGAUGGUCUAUCCGUUGGUAGACGUAUCCCGCCAUCGGACCCCCUCGAGUCGUAUCGGAUAGCAAAUGAGAGCGAGGCAAUUAGGGACGACAACGAAGUCUUUGGGCUAAAGCAGUCAUACUUUCGGAAGAAUCGUUGCGUGUAGUGUUUCAUGUUUGUUCCCCUUUGCCUUUGGAAGUCAUCCCAGUUUAAAGAGCAAUACAUAUCACACACGGAAUGCUUUAACGCAUCUAAAGAUUACGACACUCCUCACAGCAUAUGUAUUCAUCACUUGACGGCGUGGGGCGAUGUUGUGAUGAUGAUCACUGGUGAUCAAAAGAUAGUGGACAGCGGGCGCCCGAUUCCAGGCAGUGGCUGCCAAAUCGGCAUUAACUUAAGAAGCAGAGGUCAUGAGAAGAAGAAC